AACAAACCCUUAUUACCAUUUUCUUACAUCAUCUCUUUUACUCUAAAACAUCUCAUUUAAAAAUCCCCAUUUUUUCUCUCUCCUCCCCAAAAUUCCCCCAAUUUUCCUCCUUGUCUGAACAAAAACACCAAUUCAUUUGAAAACCCUAACAAUGGCGACGACGGUUGAGGGAGAAGAUAGGGUUCUUGCAACAGCUCAACACAUAGUCAAGAGUCUUCGAACCUCCAAAGAUGUCACUGACGAUAUGCUUCUCAUCCUCUCCACCUUCGACAAUCGUCUCUCCAACAUCUCCGACCUCAUCGGCGGCGGCGGCUGCGGAGAUGGUGGUGGUGCCGCCGGAAGUUCUUCAGCCGUGAAUUCCAAUUCCAUCUCACCCGAGAUCUCUCGCCUUGAUUGCGCUGAAAAAGUCAUUCUUCGCCAUGAAAACCCCUUCAACGAUUCCCCAGAUGAUUGCUGCGAAUUUCUCGCUGCUGUUGACGAAGUAUUGGAUUUGUUUGCAGAUCUUACGGUUCAGGAAAACCCUAAUUUCAUGGAUCGCGCUGAAUCGGCAGUUCAAUCGGCGAUGUCGAAGCUUGAAGACGAGCUUCGGAGGGUUCUAUCGAGGAGCGCGGUUCCUUUGGAUGCUGAUAGGCUAUACGGUUCGAUUCAUCGUCGGGUUACGCUGUCGUUCGCUUCGCACGACGGCGAUAUAAUCGACGAGGAAUUUGGUAAUUUCAAUCACCCUUUUCAUGAAAGAGGGGGUAGUUUGGCGGGUGAUGUUUCGGUCGAUUUGAUUCAUCCAGACGUGAUUUCGGACCUUCGUGAGAUCGCUGAUCGUAUGAUUCGAGCAGGGUAUGAGAAGGAAUGUUAUCAGGUUUAUAGCAGUGUAAGAAGGGAUGCAUUAGAAGAACAUUUAGGGGUUUUAGGGGUUGAGAGAUUGAGUAUUGAAGAAGUUCAGAGGAUUGAGUGGAGUGCUUUGGAUGAGAAGAUGAAGAAAUGGGUUCAAUCUGUUAAGAUCUUUGUUAGGGUUCUUCUUACUGGGGAGAAGCAUCUUUGUGAGUUGAUAUUCGACGGGGCCGAUUCGGAUUUGAUUAAGGAGGUUUGUUUUGUUGAGACUGCGAAAGGGUGUGUGUUGCAGUUGUUGAAUUUUGGGGAGGCUGUUGCGAUUGGGAAGAGAUCCCCUGAGAAGUUGUUUCGAAUUCUCGAUAUGUAUGAAGCUUUGGAUGAUACAUUGCGUUACUUGAGGGCGUUGUUUUGUGAUGAAUCCGGGGAGUUUGUUUGCGCCGAGGCUAGAGGGGUUUUGGAUGGGUUGGGUGAGGCAGCUAGGGGAACGUUUAUUGAGUUUGAGAGUGCUGUUAAGGGUGAAGUUUCGAGGAAGCUUGUUCAGGGAGGUGAGAUUCAUCCGCUUGCUCGAUAUGUAAUGAAUUAUGUUAAAUUGCUUGUUGAUUAUAGUGCUACCUUGAAUAAGCUUUUGGAACAUGAUGUAAAUGAGGAAGAAGCAAGUCAAUCACAGAAUAGGUCCGAUGGGGAUGAAGUUAGGGAAAUGUCGCCUCUUGGGCAUCGUUUGACAUCGUUGAUAAGUUCAUUGGAAUCGAACCUUGAGGAGAAGGCAAAGUUUUAUGAUGAUAGUGCGAUGCAGUAUAUAUUUCUUUUGAAUAAUAAACUCUACAUAUUACAGAAGGUGAAAGACUCUGAGCUUGGCAAGCUUUUAGGAGACGAUUGGGUGAAGAGGCGUCGUGGGAUCAUUCGAAAAUAUGCUACUAAUUACCUUAGAGCUUCUUGGAGCAAGGUCUUGGCUUGUUUGAGGGAUGAAGGAAUCGGGAGUGGAUCAAGCAGUGCCUUCAAAAUGGCUUUAAAGGAAAGGUUUAAAAACUUCAAUGCUUGUUUUGAAGAUAUAUAUAGGACUCAGACUGCUUGGAAGGUCCCUGAUCCCCAACUUAGGACUGAGCUUCGAAUAUCUAUUUCCGAGAAGGUUAUACCUGCAUACCGUUCGUUUUUGGGGAGGUUUGGUCCCCAAUUAGAGAAUACAAGACAUGCUUGGAAGUACAUUAAAUACACAGCUGAGGAUUUAGAUGGCUAUUUGUCUGAUUUGUUUGAAGGAACACCUGGUGUUCUCAACCAUAUGAGACGCAAAAGUUCAUAGAGCUCUCACCUGUAUAGUAGGUAAUGCCCUUUUCUCUCACAAAAGGGCUUGUUCGAUCCCCUUUGUACCUGUUGGGUCAGGCUUGAUACCAUGCUUUUUUUUUUUUUCUUUUCUUUUUCUUUACUUUUUUUUGCCUUUUUGCUGUAUCUGUUAAUGUUAAAAAAAAAAAAAACUAUGAUCACAGGUUUUUUCCAGUGAAAUAUGGCUGUUGCACGACAUAAUGUAAUCAUAUUGUAAAUUACAUAUAUAAUUCUCAUGUUUGCUUUGUCAUA